GGGCGGCAAAUUGUGAGCAGCUGCUGCCGCUUUCAUGCUGCCCGCCGGCUGCUCGCGCCGGCUGUUGGCCGAGCUGCGGGACGCCCUGGACGCCUGCGCCGAGCGACAGCGACAGCUGGAGCGGAGUCUGCGCGUCUCCCGGCGGCUGCUGCGGGUCUGGGAACCAGCCGAGACCCCGGCUCUGGAGCCAACUCCAGGACCAGAUACUAAUGAAGAGGCCCGGCCUCCAGCACGCACACCCAGCCCCCAAGACCUCAAGGAGCUGGAGCUUCUGACCCAGGCACUGGAGAAGGCUGUACGAGUGCGAAAAGGCCUCUCUAAGGCUGGAGGAAGAGACGAGGCCCCCAGCCGGAAGUCUCGGUCCAUUGUCUCUCCUGCCACCACAGCCUCUGUCCCACCCCGGGCCUCAGGCCAGGCUGGCCGCCGAGCAUCAGAGACAAAACCCCCCAGGGGCGUUCGCCAGACCACUGUGCCUGCCAAGGGCCUCCCUGAGCUCAGGCUUCUGUCAGUGGGGGAUCAGACCUGUAAGGCGAGAGGGGCUCAAGCUGCCAAGCCUGAACCAGGCCUCAGGGACCAACAAAUAGCCCCAUCAGCUGCUCCUCAGGCCCCAGAAGCUUUCACACUCAAGCAGAAGGGGAUUCUGCUGCGGCUGCCCAUGGCCUUCAGGAAGGCGGCUUCCCAGAAUUCCCGCCUGUGGGCCCAACUCAGCUCUACAGAGACCAGUGACUCCAUGGAUGCCACUACCACCGCCAAGACGCAGUUCCUCCGGAAAAUGCAGUCAGGCUGGCCCAGCUCCAGGCUCUGUGCUGCCGAGGUGGAGGCAGAGGUGGGGCGCCUGCGGAAGGCCUGCUCACUGCUGAGGCAGCGAAUGGGGGAAGAGCUCACAGCAGACCCAGUGGACUGGAUGCAGGAGUACCACUGCCUGCUCACCCUGGAGGGGCUGCAGGCCAUUGCAGGGCAGUGUCUCCACAGGCUACAGGAACUGCGUGCAGCUGUGAUGGAACACCAGCUGGCGCCAUGGCCUGAGGGGAGACUCCCCAGUGCCCCAUCUUCCUGUGGAGGAGGAGCAGACUCCAUCUGGAGCCCUCAGUUGCUUCUUUACUCCAGCACCCAGGAGCUGCAGACCCUGGCGUCCCUCAGGCUGCGGGUAGCCAUGCUGGACGAGCAGAUCCACCUGGAAAAGGUCCUGAUGGCUGAACUCCUCCCCCUGGUGAGCACACAGGAGCCUCUGGGGCCACCCUGGCUGGCGCUGUGCCGGGCUGUGCACAGCCUGCUCUGCGAGGGAGGUGAGCACUUCCUCACCAUCUUGCGAGAUGAACCUGCUGACUGAGCCCUCCCAUGGCCAGCCCCCCCCAGCCCUACUCCCAGGCCUCAGGACCCUGGGGUGAGAGCAAGCCGUUGGGGAGAGCCCCACCCUCCCUGGUCAGGUUUAAGUACAUGUGGAUUGAGGAAAUUUUCAGUGGUGCUGUGGGACCAGAGAUGCCUGUACCCUGGGAAGCCAUGUUUCCGAGGUGGGAUGGGGAUGGCUCCCUGGCUCUUCCUGAGGAACCUAAGGCCCUUCUGACAGCUGUUAAACCUGCUGGGCAAGGCUUGGCUCAGCCUGGCCUUCCACAGGCUCCAGGAGACCAGAGGCCCAAGGCGGGUAUUUCUUAGCAACCUUUUUUUUUCUCGCUUUAGAUUUAAAAGCCGCUCGUGUGACAUUAAAACUAUUUUAGAAAGUAAUACAUAUUUAAGCUAUACCACAUCUCUCCUGUCACCCAUGCCCACCAACUUCUCCUGGGUCAUUGCUCUGGCCACUGUGGGCCCCUCAUCUGAGCUGCUGCCAGGGAACAGACCCAUCACCCCUUACCUGCUCCACUGUCACCUCCUCCGAGACUCCUCCCUCCGCUGCUGAAGGAGAAUCAGUUGCUUCAUGGAAGGCAAGAAAAUGUAGAGGUCAAGGUCCUGGCCUCUGGGUUUACAACAGUCACAGAUUUGGGUUUACACUGUGACCCGUUUGCUGCUGUGGGACUUUGAGAAAGAUUCUUGAGGGCUCUGAGCCUCAAUUCCCAGUGUUGUCCCUACUGUCAUACUGGGUGUAGUGGUUGUUACCCCUGGGGCUGGAGUGAAAAUGAAUGAGACGUGUGAAGAUGCUGAGCUCAAGCCCCAUGCUGAACACGACCAGCGGCGCGUGCUGGGCCAGGUCCAGGCAGGGUCCACGCAGUGAGAAGGUGGUGGCCAUGGUGGUGGCGCUGGCCAUCAGGACAAUUAUGCCAAAUGGCAGGGUGUAGUGUGGCCACAAGCCCCGUGUGUCACCAGUGGCCAAGAGCAGUGCAUGCAGGGCCCCAGGAGGCUGGGGGUGGGGUAGGGGGCUGUGCUGCUCCCUGGUGAAGGCUGGGAGGCUAUGGCAUUCAUUGUUUUUGUUUUCUUUUAAAAAU